AUGUCAAGCAGAAAAUUUGUAGAACAAGGCCAUGCUCAGAAUUCUAGUAGUCAUCUGUUCUCGAAUAUCCUCGAUAAUGAUAGUGGAUCAUUGAGCAAUAUAAAUAGAUUAACACUGGACCCGGAUAAUACAGAAGAUUUAUUACAGCAAGAAGUCAUCAACGAGCGGGCACUUUCUCUUUUACAAAGGACUAGAGAACGUAGAAACUUAUUACACCGAUUUGAAGAUAAAAGAAGGUAUUAUAACCAAGGGCAAGACGACGGAGAUUUAGAGUCUGUGGCCAGUAGUCAUUAUCGUUCUAAUGAUGUGGGUGGGAACUUUCAAUUUUUUGAUCAAGAAGAAGAUGAGGAUGAGGAAGGUAACGCCAUUGAUGACGAUUAUGGAACCCUAGAUCAAUCCAACAUUAUCGAUCGUCACCAAGAAAGAAGAAAAGGAAACAAACAUUCUCGUCAAGAAAGACACCAUCAAAGAGAACUCAAACAACGUGUUGAAAAGAUUAGAACUCAGAGACAGGUCGGAAAUACGAAAAAAUUUACUCCAAGUAGUUUAGCCCUAUAUGAGAUAAGGAAAUACCAACGAUCUUCAGAACUGUUGAUAUCGAAGAUUCCCUUUACUAAAUUAGUGAAGGAAGUCACUGAUGAAUUUACCGUGGAAGACCAACAACUUCAUUGGCAAUCGAUGGCCAUUGUCGCGUUACAGGAAGCCAGUGAAGCUUAUUUAGUGGGUUUAUUGGAGCAUGCCAAUUUAUUAGCCAUACAUGCCAAGAGGAUCACAUUAAUGAAGAAGGAUAUACAGUUGGCCAGAAGAAUUAGAGGUCAAUUCAUUUAG